UCGUUUGUAUAUUUUGUGGAUAGAUUCGUUAUUCAUUCCAUUGUCAUGGCAGACGACUUAGAUGAUGAGUGGUGGACAAGCGGCCAAAAGGACGAUGAAAGUUCCGAAUCCGAUAGUGACCCUUCAAUGGAGGCUUCAGAAAAUGUUGUACCAACGAAAAGGAAGGCCGAAUCCAUUGAUGAUGACAAAGAGACAAAUGGUGAUCAAGAUGAUGGUGCAGACAAAGAGAAGAAAAAAAAGAAAGCCAAGAGGAAAAGAAAUACAAUAACUGUGGAGUUAAAAGCAAAGGGCAGCAAGUCAGGAACAGCUGAGGAUCUGGUCCAAGUUAUCUCAAAACACUACAAAGACAAGCUCUCUACAGUGGAAUGGGAUAACAUUCAACUGGACACUGAGAGUAACUUCUUUGUGAGUGCUGACAGGGACCAUACAGCUGUGUCCUACCUACGUACCAUCCUACCAAAAUGGAAGAAGAUGCUGAAGACAGAGCUAAAGCCAGGGUCUCCGCUUGUGUUACUGAUAUCAGCCUCUGCCAUCAGGAGUGUGCAGCUUAAUAGGGAGAUAUUGGAUUUCAAGAGUGAUGAGUGUAAAAUUGCCAAAUUGUUUGCAAAGCACUUUAAGCUGGAGGAGCAGCAGAAGUUUCUGACCAAGAGGGUGUGUCACAUAGGUGUGGGAACACCCAACAGACUACAUGCUCUGAUGAAAUCAGGGUCACUACAUCUAGACAAUAUUGUAGCUGUGGUGCUGGACUGGAACUGGCGUGAUGUCAAAUCUAAACGCAUGGUGGAUAUCCCCGAGAUAAGAGACCACUUAAUGGACUUGAUGAAGGACUAUCUCAUACCACAUAUAUCUAAAAAUCACUGCAAGAUUGGAAUGUUAUGACGCUCUGGUUCAGCCAUAGUGAAUCAAGUUCUUUGUAUUUAGGAACAUUUGCUGAUAUAAGGGAGAUAAGUCUGUUCCAUAUAACAUUUGUGUCUUGUUGAUUGAGAUCAACAAAACAAUACAGAUAAAUGGAACAUAUAUGAUUAUAAAAUAUAGAUAUACCAUUUGGGAGAUAAGGUCUGCUCCCUGUAUGAAGCUGUUUCAGAAUGUUGUAAAGGUGUAUGUGAAGUGCUGAGAUGAAAUGAAGGGCUGAUAUUGUUAACAAUAUUAUACAAAUAGUAUUAGUCUGUUUCAUUCAUGUGUAGAAUUGUCAGACUCUAUUUAACAUGAAUACAUUAUGUCUAAACAUAAGUGAGGACAGCAAUAAACCAUGUCUGUAAUAUACAUGGUAAUGUCAACGGUUUACAAAUGAGACAUAUUUUUGCAGUGCGUUGUCCAAGAUAUUUUUGUCUAUAUCAUGUAUACAGAUCCAAACUGUACAUAAAAAUACCAACAAGAUUCUGACAAAGUUGUAGUUUUAAUGUAAUAACACCUGAUUCAGACAAACUAAAUGAUUUGAACGUUCACGACAUAAACUGUUUUUGUAAUUAUUGUAGAAGCCUUGGGCGAAAUAUGUACUAUACUAAAUCAUUAUGGUAAUACAUUUUGAGGAGAUACAACAUCACACAAUAUAUAUCAUUAGGUAUGAUCUUUUAAUUAACAAUGCUCAUGGAAUACUUCAUCUUCAUUGCUUGUUAUACAAACAAAAUAAACAAAGAUCAUUUUAUCUUUCAAUGAAAAAUGUUAGAAACAUACACCCAGAAACUGAAUUAUUUUGUUGUUAUGUUUUAUCAUAACCCAUAUUCUUAUAUCACAGAUCAAAGAAUUUGUGUGAACAUCUGUAUUACAGCCAUCACAUCCUAACAUCUUCCAUCCAAUAAACAUGCCCACCAGCUAGUCUAGUUUUAGAAGGUUCCUUUGUACCAUCCAUCUGAUGUGAUACAUCUCUUGACAUCUGUUUUAAUUAUAAUCACAAGACUAAUGGAACCAGUAGUAUGAUCAUUACUUCCUCUGAAUGUUUUGUGAUGUACUAUGGGUGUUGGUUACUGACCACAUUAUUUUUUUAAUAAAGUAAAGUUACUGUC